UUGUUUCCUCAUUAUAAUAGCCCAAAACCCUCCUUAUAGCUAUAGCUAGUCCAUCCACAUCACUGUUCCAAUGCUAUAACUCUCUUUCUCUCUCACACACACACACACUUUCUCUCUCUUUCUCUCUCUCUCUCCUCUCAACUAUCUUUCUAUUUGUUUUUGGUACUACAACAAGUACAAGAUUCUAUAAAAACUCUCGUUGGGGCCAAAAAGGGUGUCUAGAGAAAUGCCAAGUUCAAGCUCAUUUUUGAGGCAGUUGAGUGGAAGAGAUUAUUAUCAGGGUUGGAAAUCCACAUCCAAGAGAAUUGGCAAUAAUAUCAGGCAACAACAAAUGGAAGGGCUUAACAAUAUGUAUGGUUAUAAUGGUUAUGGUGGUCAUGGUGAGAUUAAUGGAGGAGGAGGGUUGGUCUUGAGGAAGAGAGUGAUGGUUGUGGUCGAUGAGUCUUGUCAUUCCAAGCAUGCAAUGAUGUGGGCCCUCACACAUGCGGCUAACAAGGGUGAUUUGCUCACUCUUCUUCACAUCGUGCCUUCUUCUCAUAAGCUUGCAUCUGCUUCUUCUUCAUCUUCUUCAGCUUCUUCAUCUUCAUCUUCAUCUUCUUCUUCUGGUUCACCAUUGCUUGCUAACUCUCUUGGGUCACUUUGCAAGGCCUGCAAACCUGAGGUGGAAGUAGAAGCUCUGGUGAUCCAAGGACCAAAACUUGCCACAGUGUUAAGCCAGGUGAAGAAGCUAGAGGUUUCUGUGCUAGUUCUAGGUCAGAAGAAGACCUCCUCACUUAUUAGCUGCUUAUGUGGGGUCAGCAGCUCAGAGGAGUUUGUUGAGCAGUGCAUCAACUCUGCAGAGUGCUUGACUGUAGGUGUGAGGAAGCAGAGCAAAGGAGUUGGUGGCUACCUUAUCAACACCAGAUGGCAGAAGGAUUUUUGGCUCUUGGCUUGAGUUUUAAAUGUAGUUAUGAAUUUAUAAAUCUCCUUAGUUUAAAAUAACAUAAUUUAGCUUAGUUUAAAAUAACAUAAUAUAACUUAUCCUCUUUACCCUCUGUAUCUACUGAC